GGGCGGAGCGUCCGGGGUGGGGCUGCCUGCGACCCGCACACGUCCAGGUGGGGAAGGCAGCUUCGCUGUGGCCAUGGCACUGGCUACUCAAGCCGUGCAGUUGCUGUGCGCCAGUGGCGGCUGCCUGGAGCAGGGCGAGCUCCAGCGGCGGCUGCCAGGCCGGCCCUCGGCGAAGCAGCUGGCUCUGGUGCUGCAGGAUACGCAGCAGUUCACGCUAGUGCAGCGGCCCAGCGAGGCGGCGGCAGCGCCAGCGGCAGCUGCAGCAGCGGGAUCUGGGACGGAGGUGGUGGUGUUGGCCACUAGCCCCGUACGGCUGUGCCAGGAGCACGGUGCGGGCUGCGAUGGGCAGUGCGGGCGGCUGCAUCUCUGCAAGUACCACCUGAAGGGGUUCUGCCGCAACCAGUACGAGAGGAAGGAAUGCAGGUUUGUUCACAAUUUCCACUCGAACCACAAUCUCUUGGUUCUAAAACAGUAUGGACUUGAGAGUUUAAACAGUGAUGAACUUCGUCAGCUUCUGCUUCAGAAUGAUCCUUCCCUCUUACCUGAGGUCUGCUUGCAUUAUAACAAAGGUGAUGGACCUUAUGGAUCUUGUACCUAUAAAAAGAUCUGCACCAAACUGCAUGUUUGCCAAUACUAUUUCCGGGGACAGUGUAGAUUUGGCAGCAGCUGCAAGCGAUCCCAUGAUUUAUUACAGUCGGAAUCUUAUGAUAAACUGGAGAGACACGGACUAAGCUAUGACAUUAUUAAGCAACUACCCUCCAUUUAUAGGAAUAUGUAUGACAUAAAAAAUGGCAAUGGGAACAUGUAUGACAUGGAAGAUAACAUGUCUUCACCAUUCAAAGAGAGAAAACACAGCUCUAGCCGAGAGUCUUCAACUACAAAUGAUGAUGAAUUGGAACAGAUUUGUUUAUAUCAUCUGUACAGAGGUUGUGGCUUUAAAGACAAGUGUAUCAGAACCCAUUUUCACUUGCCAUAUAGAUGGCAGGUCUCUGAUGGUAAGAUCUGGAAAGACUUGAAGAAUAUGGAAGAUAUAGAAGAAGCAUACUGUGAGCCUGCUUACACUGGAAUUGGAAACGUUGUUGCUGAAACUGGCAGUGUCUUGCCACGUAUCUCUUUUCUGAAUAUGUCUUGUGGGUUUGAAAAGGUUAGACGUCUUUCUACAGCCUCUUCUGUGACCAAACCCCCUCACUUCAUUCUUACAACAGAAUGGAUCUGGUACUGGAAAGAUGAGUAUGGCCUGUGGCAGGAGUAUGGGAAAAAAGAUGUUGACCAUGUAGCCGCCACUGUCUCCAGUGAAGACUUGGAGAAAGCAUAUAUAAGCAAAUGUUCUCCAACACUGAACUUCAAAGCUGGAAGACAUGAAUAUGAAAUCAAUUUUGCAGACAUGAUUCAGAAAAACCUUCGCUACUCAACAAAGAGAGAGGUUUGCAGAAGGCCUGUAUUUGUGUCUCCGGAAGAGGUAGAAAAAACAAGAGCCAGGAGCUCUAAAUAUGUAGAAGAAUUUAAGGGCAUUCCAUCUCACUGGGACAAAUCUGCUCUCCCUGAAGUGGGAUUCAAGCUGAUUGAGCUUGACAGUUCUUCUGAAGAAUAUAAAAAAGUCAAGGUGGGCUUUCAACGCACAAUGCCCACAACAGUUAUUAAAAGGAUUCGUAGAGUUCAGAACCCAUCUCUCUGGGAGCUGUAUCAGUGGCAGAAGGAACAAAUGCAGAAAAGCAAUGGUGGAAAUGCUGUGGAUGAGCGAUCUUUAUUUCAUGGGACCAGUAGAAAAUACAUUGAUGCCAUCUGUCAGCAAAACUUUGACUGGAGGAUCUGUGGCCUCCAUGGGACAGUCUAUGGCAAAGGAAGCUAUUUUGCAAGGGAUGCAUCUUAUUCUGACAGCUACUGCAGGGAAGGCUCGCGCACCAAGAUCAUGUUUCUGGCCCGGGUGCUGGUGGGGGAGUUCACUGUUGGUGAUUCUUCCUAUGUUCGGCCUCCCAUGAAGGACAGAUACAGCUUCUAUGACAGUUGUGUGAAUAGCUUUUCAAACCCUUCUAUCUUUGUCAUCUUUGAGAAGCAGCAGAUUUAUCCAGAGUAUCUCAUAGAAUACAUUGACCAGGCAUACGCUAAAAUGCUGUAGCACCAAAACCUGUCAUCAUUAUGUUUAACUGGUAUAAACUUUUUUUUAGCACUGGCUUAAGAGAGAAAAAGUGAUUUUUAGAAGUUACAUAAUUGGAUAGGUGAGUGUUCAGAAACAUUUAUUCUCUGUCCUUUCUGUGCAGUAGAAAAUGAGAAGACAGAAAGGAUGCCUUAGAAUUCUUAAAAUCCUUUCCUGUCUCUUAUUCUUUAGCAGGUUAUCAUAUUUCCAUGCAUUACUAGAGACUUAUUAAUAUAUUAGAUUAAUUCACUGAUGAUUGUAACAUGAUGAUUAGCAAUGACUGCCAAGUUUAAACAAUAUUUAGUUAUCUUUAUUUCAGGAUCUUUAUAUGUGCUCAUUGGUCAGAGACUCUUUUCUACCUGUUUAUAUUUUAACUCAAAAUUUGAUAAAACCUUCUUUUUUAGUAAUCCGUCACCUGCAACAGUAGACAUUCAAGUGUUUGCAAAUAAGACUGUACAAUCUCUGUGAUCAACUCAUUGCAUAAAUUCUUAGCAGCACUGGGUUUUGUCCCUACUUAAUCUUCACUAAAAAAGCCUCAAAAGUUAAAACUGGCUUGUUGAGAAUGAACAGAGUUAUUUUAACUUGUUAAUUUUCUCAUUUAAAACAUGUACCAAAGACAUGAAGCACAACAAGGGUUGCUUGGUGCUGUACUACUCAGCUGACCUACUCCAUCAAAUAAAUGAUGUAUUUUAGGUGUGUGAGAACACAACUUUUUCAUGACUUUGUACCUUUGUUUGAGAGUGUGCUGGUGUGGGAGGAAGAAGAGGAAGGCAACUCGCAGGUCAUUUAAGAAUAUCAUACUUAGGAGUGAAAUGCACUGCUUGAUUAGCAGCACCCUGAUCCUGUGGAGCAACUUCAUGGUUUUCUUACAGUUGUUAGGCUUGACAGUGGGUGACUGUCUCUCGUGAGGAGUACAGCCCUCUAGUUGCAGGUGAUGAUACAUUGGUUAGAAGUGUAAUGGUGUGGUCUUAAAAUUUUGUUGCAGGAAAAAUGUGCUUACCUAGGGACUGGUUUUCAGCCACAGAGCUGAAAUGCUUAAAACUCUGAAGAUUACAUUGAAUAUUUAAUUGUUCCCAGAGAAGGACGUUACUAGCAUUGAGCAGUUAACAUACAUAUAUGCAGAUAGUAAAACUUGACCUGUCAAGUAUUUCUUAAGAUUAAAGUUGCUGAUGCAUAGACAGACAGUUUAUCGCAGCUUUAAUGUUCCUAAAUGAGUGCUUGGUAACUAUAGUGUGCUGACAAAGCCUUAAGAUACGUUUUGUAUAGGCUCUAAAAAAUCUCAAUCUGUAUUCUAGAAGCACUUCCUUUUUAAUUCAUCUGGAUGAUGACUGACAAGUGUACACUGGGUAACUCCUUAUUACUUCAGCACUGUGAACCAGGAGCUUAGCCAUGAUUAGCUGGUGUAAGGCUGUGCAGAACUCCUUUUUAUAUGAAAUGUGAAACUAGCAGCAUGAUAUUUAAAGGAAAGUACUCCCAUUUGUAUUUAACCCACUAAAACACAGGAUGUUGGAAAAGCAAGUUGACUGUAUUCUUUCUUUGGAAAGAUUUAUAAUAGAGCAUAUGUGACAAGCUCAUUUGCUGACAGAAGUUUUGUCAGCAUUGAGGGAGGAUAAUGUUAUGUAUGAAAGCUUUCAUACCUGUGCAGAAUGAGAUUUUUCUGCCAAAACAAAAUCAUGUUCAUCUACACAUUCAUGGCAAAUGAGAAUACUGCUAUGCUUUUCUUCCUCAUUUCAGCUAAGAACUGAAAUAGCAAAAGUCAUGUUAAUCUUUUGCUAGAAAAUUGAAACAAACAUCUUUUUCCUACCAAAAAGAAAGAUUUUUUUAGUAACUUUUUUAUGGCUAGUAGUAUUUUUAAAGACUUUAUUCUUGGAGAGGAUAUGUAUGUGCGUGUGUGUGUGUGUGUAUGGAAAAUAUGGCUGGUUGUGUUACUUUGUCAUCUGCUAUCUCUCCAUUAACACACAAAAAGUAAAAGUUACCAUGUUUUCCACUUCUGAAACUGCAGUGAUAACUUUCUUGUGUGUAGUAAAUAAACAGGCAUUCAGACCACUA